UGGAUCAUCGUCUCGUUUCGUCGCAACUCACAGCUCCAUUGCUCUCUAACCAUUGGGCUCGGCCCUCUCUCUCUCUCUCUCCCCUCCCCUCUGAACUCACUGUAAUUCCUUUCUUUCUCUGCAAUCUUCAUCACGUCGGGCGUAAUCUCGAUCAGGUUUCUGUGAGUCGAGACGAGUACGGAGAUGGAUCACCAUGAGGAGGAAUGCCGUGCUGGCAAUGAACCUCAUGGGAAGCAAGAUGAUGAGGAAGCUGCUGCUCGGCUUGAGGAAAUCAGGAAGUCUAUUGAGGGAAAGAUGGCUCUUCGUCAAAGCAAUCUGAACCCCGAGCGGCCUGACACAGGAUUCCUUAGGACACUGGAUUCUAGCAUUAAGCGCAACACAGCGGUUAUUAAAAAACUGAAGCAGAUAAAUGAAGAGCAGCGGGAAGGGUUGAUGGAUGACUUGAGAGUUGUCAACCUGAGCAAAUUUGUCAGUGAAGCUGUUACUGCUAUUUGUGAUGCCAAGCUUAGAUCGUCAGACAUACAAGCAGCAGUCCAGAUCUGCUCUCUGCUCCAUCAAAGGUACAAAGACUUCUCCCCAACUCUGCUUCAAGGUCUUUUGAAAGUCUUCUUUCCAGGGAAGUCUGGGGAUGACUUAGAAGCAGACAAGAACCUGAGGGCCAUGAAGAAGCGAAGCACUUUGAAACUCGUUUUGGAACUUUUCUUUGUUGGAGUUAUAGAAGAUGGUGGUAUUUUCGUGAAUAUCAUAAAGGAUCUUGCCAGUGGAGAACACUUAAAGGAUCGGGAUACUACUCAGACAAAUUUGACUCUUCUUGCUAGUUUUGCUCGUCAGGGAAGAAUGUUUCUUGGCCUUCCACUCGCUGGGCCAGAAAUUCAUGAAGAGUUUUUUAAGGGCCUUAAUAUCACGACAGAUCAAAAGAAAUUCUUCAGGAAGGCAUUUCAAACAUAUUAUGCUGCUGCUGCAGAACUGCUGCAAUCCGAGCAUACUUCACUUCGCCAAAUGGAGCAUGAAAAUGCUAAAAUCCUUAAUGCUAAAGGAGAGCUCAGUGAUGAAAGUGUCUCAUCAUAUGAGAAGCUGCGGAAAUCUUAUGAACAUUUGUACCGCAAUGUCUCAUCCUUAGCAGAAGCACUUGAUAUGCAGCCCCCAGUAAUGCCAGAGGAUGGUCACACAACAAGGGUUACUAGUGGGGAGGAUGCUUCAUCUCCUGUUGCUGGAAAGGAUUCUUCGGCACUCGAAGCCAUAUGGGAUGAUGAAGAUACAAGGGCUUUCUAUGAAUGCUUACCAGAUCUUAGAGCAUUUGUUCCGGCAGUAUUAUUAGGAGAAGCAGAGUCUAAAAGCAGUGAUCAAUCUGCAAAGACCCAGGAACAACCAACUGAACCCGCACUUGAAUCAGACCAAACUCAACAAAUUACAGAAGAUACUGGAGAGGCUUCUGCAGAUGUUGGUGCUUUACAAGAGGCCAAAAGCACAGAGAAAGGAAAGGACAAGGAAGAAAAAGAUAAAGACAAGAUCAAAGAUCCAGACAAAGAGAAAGUUGACAGAAAAGGAGAGAACGACAAAGAGAAGCUCAAAAGUAUUGAAGGGACAAAUUUGGAUGCUUUACUGCAGAGGCUUCCUGGUUGCGUGAGCCGUGAUCUUAUUGAUCAGUUGACUGUAAUUGUGGAGUUUUGUUAUUUAAAUUCAAAAGCAAAUCGGAAAAAGCUUGUGAGGGCAUUAUUUAAUGUCCCUAGAACAUCAUUGGAGCUACUAGCUUACUACUCGCGUUUGGUUGCCACACUCUCGACUUGUAUGAAGGACGUCUCAUCCAUGCUCCUAGCGAUGGUGGAAGAAGAGUUCAACUUCUUAAUUAAUAAAAAGGACCAAAUGAACAUUGAAACGAAGAUUAGGAACAUUAGAUUUAUUGGAGAACUCUGCAAGUUUAAGAUUGCACCAGCUGGUCUUGUCUUUAGUUGUUUGAAGGCUUGUUUGGAUGAUUUCAGUCAUCAUAACAUUGAUGUUGCUUGCAAUCUUCUUGAGACUUGUGGGCGUUUUCUGUAUCGGUCUCCUGAAACUACUGUGCGGAUGGCUAACAUGUUGGAAAUAUUAAUGCGAUUGAAGAACGUAAAAAAUUUAGACCCUCGGCACAGCACCCUUGUUGAAAAUGCUUACUACCUAUGCAAACCACCUGAGAGAUCUGCACGGGUCACUAAAGUCCGUCCUCCAUUGCAUCAGUAUAUAAGAAAGUUGCUAUUCUCAGAUCUUGAUAAGUCUACCAUAGAGCAUGUGCUCAGGCAACUGCGUAAAUUACCAUGGGGUGAAUGUGAGCCGUAUCUUUUAAAAUGCUUUCUGAAGGUUCACAAAGGGAAGUAUGGUCAGAUCCACUUGAUUGCUUCUCUCACCGCUGGUUUGAGCCGCUAUCAUGAUGAAUUUGCUGUAUCUGUUGUUGACGAGGUUCUAGAGGAGAUACGGCUUGGCCUAGAAUUAAAUGAGUAUGGGAUGCAACAAAGACGGAUUGCUCAUAUGCGAUUUUUAGGAGAGCUAUACAACUAUGAGCAUGUAGAUUCUUCUGUUAUUUUUGAAACUCUGUACUUGGUUCUUGCCUUUGGCCAUGGCACACCAGAGCAAGAUGUACUGGAUCCACCAGAAGAUUGUUUCCGCAUGAGGAUGGUUAUUACUCUUCUUGAAACCUGCGGGCACUACUUUGACCGAGGCUCUUCCAAGAGGAAACUUGAUCGAUUCUUGAUGAACUUUCAGAGAUAUAUACUAAGUAAAGGUGUACUACCGCUUGAUGUGGAAUUUGACUUACAGGACUUAUUUGCCGAUCUACGCCCCAACAUGGCUCGGUACUCUUCCAUUGAAGAAGUUAAUGCAGCUCUUGUAGAACUUGAGGAGCGUGAUCGUACCGUCUCCAUUGAGAAGCACUCUGACACUGAAAAGCCUUCAAGGAGGAACACCUCCGACGAAAUGUCAGCGAAUGGAAAGAGUAUUGUAAAUGGAACUGGGGAAAAUGGUGUAGUUCAUGGAAACCUUGGAGAUAGUGACAGUGAUUCGGGAAGUGGCACCAUUGAUCGAGAUAGACAUAAUGAAGAAGGAUUGGGUGAAGAGAAUCAUGAUGGUGGAUCUGACAGUGAUGAGGAUGAUGGUGAUGGUGGUGGACCGGCAUCCGAUGAGGACGAUGAAGUCCAUGUCAGACAGAAGGUUGCAGAGGUGGACCCUCAAGAAGCAGAAAAGUUUGAGCUGGAUCUCAAGGCUGUUAUGCAGGAAAGCAUGGAGCAACGUAGGCUAGAGCUGAGAGGCCGACCAACAUUAAACAUGAUGAUACCGAUGAAUGUGUUUGAGGGGUCCACCAAGGACCAUCAUGGACGAGGGGUUGGAGGGGAAAGUGGAGAUGAGGCGUUGGAUGAAGAGUCUGGAGGAAGCAAGGAGGUCCAGGUGAAAGUUCUUGUCAAGCGUGGUAACAAGCAACAAACAAAGCAGAUGUACAUCCCUCGGGAUUGCUCACUUAUCCAGAGUACGAAACAGAAAGAAGCAGAAGAGCUUGAAGAGAAACAAGACAUCAAGAGGUUGGUUUUGGAAUACAAUGACAGAGAAGAGGAGGAGCUUAAUGGAUUGGGGAACCAAACUCUGAACCAUAUGCAGAGUGGUGGUCAUAGACUUGCCGGCCGUGGCAGCACUUGGGAAGGAGCUAGCGGUAGAGGUGGUGGAGCACGUCAUAGAUAUCACAGUAGUUAUUCCGGUGGGGGAGCUUACUACAGCAGGAAAAAGUAAAAAGUGUGAUUUUGCAACGAACGCCAGAAAGUCUCUGCUGUGGGAUUUCCCUCAUUCUGCAGAUGUGGUUCGUUCUCUGCAAACUCGUGCUUAUAUAAAUGGAACAUUAAUCACAACAGACGUUCCUAUCUGAUGGAGAAGCCAUGCCUUUUUGGGACACUCGACUCAGACCAUUCCUCUUCACCGCACAAGGUCAUAUGUUUUGUGGUCUUGUUAGAAGAUAGUUGCAGGCGUGAAGAAAUAACCAAUAGAAGGGAAUCGAGAUAGCUAACCAGGAACCGAGACAGCAGUGCACAAGAAAGGCGGUCGCGUGAUACUGAGGCGCUGAUCCGCAAACACACGUUGUUCGGUCGUUAAUUAGAUCGAUUUUACGUUUAGUUUAGAACCUGAAGUAUGGGUCUCCCUGCGUGUAUAUAUGUUAAUAUGAAGUAAAUUAAAGAUCUGAUGCAAACUCUGCUUGGGCUUUUUUGUGUCCUUGUGUGUGCCAAUACCGAUUUAAGAACUGCCUAAACAGAAAUGAUCAAAUGGAAUUUUACCAAGGCCCUUUUUAGUAGGCUUAUUUAUCAUUUUUA